AUGGGGUUUCAUCUGUCAAGUCUCGUUACCUUAGCAGCACUGCUGCGUGCUUCAUGCGCAUUCAGUGUCACGGCAAACACAGACGGAAACGCUCUGGCCUCUGCUAUCUUUGGUAAUGGCAUCAGUAUCAUCUCAGCUUCCUUUACUGGGGCAUCGGUUAGUUCUGGAACAUUCACUGAUGGACCUUUCGGUAUGGGAGACGCAGCAAUCCUCACCUCCGGAGCUGCUGUGGGAGCUCUUCCAAAUGGAGACCACUACGUGAACAAUGGUGCGGCUGGGUCAGUAACGUAUUGCGGCGGCGGUUCAAGUAACAACGCUGCGAUAUUGACUGCGGAUGUCAUGGUUAUUCCAGGCUUUGGAGGAAUGAGAUUUGAGGUUGUCAUGGCUUCGGAGGAACUUGGGGGCGCUCCCGAUACAAUUGGUAUAUUCGUUAACAACCAGAACUAUGCUUUGGAUGGCAGUGGGAAUAGGCUGACCGCGACGAACCCGUGGCUGUCACAACCUCUGGUGAUCGUACCGCCCAACAGCGUUACCUCGUACCCCGGCUCGUCAGCGCCUUAUUGGAUCGAUGUACCGUCACUCCCCGGCGGUCCGCAGACUGUGGUCGUCGCAAUUUGUGAUGCUGGAGACGCCAUGUGGGACUCAGCCCUGAUGAUUAAAGCUGAAGCCUGCGUUGACUGCAACGAACCUUUCCGGCUUGCCUACGUCACAACCACAACUACAUUGGUAGCAGGCGAUACUCCCUAUACCUCUACCAUCACUGCUUCAGGAACUGUGUCCGGAACGAUCGAAAUCGGGGUAACAGCAGAAGAAACCUCCACCACUGCCGAGGAGUCUACGACGACGACAGUUGCAGAUGAGACAACAACUACCUCUGAAGAGCCCCCUACAUCAACUACUCAGAAUGAAUCAACAACUACCUCUCAGGAGGCAACUAGUACUGUUGAGAAUACAAGUAUGGCAACAACUAGCAAAGAGACGGCUACUAUGACCGCCCCUGAGGAUACGACUACUACAACUGCCAAGGAAACAACAUUCACUGCUUCAGGCACUACCACAGACACCACUACAGACACCACCACCACAGACACCACCACCACAGAUACCACCACCACAGACACUACCACCGCAGACACCACUACCGUCACUACCACAGAACUAAUGGAGGCAUCGACCGAAGCCAGCAGCUCAGUCACUUCAGAAGAACUCCCAAACUCAACCACGACAACAGCAGAUACAACAAAUGUCGAACCAAGUGACACAGUUACAGAGUAUUCAACCAUCGUAAUCGAACCAACUCCUACCCCAACAUCUGAUACUGUCACUACAACAGCUCCAAACUCUUCCAAUGAGAGCAGUACCAGCCUCGGAACAACGAGUUUGCCUAAAAGCUCCAUAGAUAACACGAUGACCUCUCGGGAGGGAGUUCAAGUGUCAUCUACUGUCCUAGCAGUCCCAACAUCUACCGAUGAGGUCACACCGAGCUUGAGUAGUGACCUCCCAACCUUCAUACCGGACAUGACCACAACCGAGUCCUUGGAAACAAGUGCUACCGAAGAGACGGAGUCCUCGACAGGCACAAUCACAAACUCAGUGGAGGAGACAAGCCUUAGUUACGCCGUGACUUCAACAGCCCAGGACACAUCUUCUUCAGCGACAUCAACAAUUGCUACCUCAUCUUCCGUACCGUCUAACCUAGCAGUGAUCGGGACUUUCAAGUUCUUCGGCUGCUUAGGGUCUGCAGCUGGCUAUCCCAGCUUUGGCUUGAUCGGAGAGGGCCCUGACAUGACUACCGCAGAGUGUGCCAGGUUAGGAAGAGGACGUGCUUAUAUAGGCAUCUACCAGAGGUCUUGUUAUGCAGCAGAUACUCUGGACUCUGCUGAAACUGUGACCAACGGUCGCUGUGAUCUGACAUGCCCUGGGGACCCAGGCCUGUUCUGUGGCGGUAUUGAAGUCAUAUCCAGCUCUUUGACCGCUUCGGAAGCUCCUAGCACAGCAGGGAUAUCUUCUCUCGCAGUCUCUACAGAGAUCACUCUUCAACCUAUCUUGACCUCUGAGUCUUCCGGCUUGCCUAACGAGAACCCGACAAUUUCAAAUUCCCCAUCCUCAAGCACAGAAACAUUUGUUGAUUCCGUCAUCACCCUUGAGCCUUCAGUUUCUGUCACUAGAUCACAAGGCGCAAAGCCGAUCACGCCCCCAUUCCCGACAACUGUCUCUUAUAAUGCAGGCAACUUCACCAGAACCGAAGCUGUGGAGCCAAUAAUCACCACUGUGACAUACACCGUUGUUGACCCCAGUAACCCGUCUUACCUGACUAUCACUGAGUAUUGUACCACGUUGCGACCGCCCCCUUGCCACAGAUGUCAGUAUCAGAAACCGCCAACGGUUGAGAUGACGACUAUCGAGGUGGGUUGUAAUAGGUGUGGUCACAAUGGAGAGAACACCAUUGCUCUUACUGUUCCAGCCGGUGCAGUUGUCGCAGCUCCCACAAGAGAAUUUGCAGCUCACGAAACACGCAUCGUUGAACAUGACGAGCUUAAGCCGGAUACUCAGGGGACUCAGCCCAAGAAUUCUUCCCCUGCAGCCAAGGGCAGCCAAGGUCAAGCGGAGCCUUCUGCAGUGCGUCUGGGAGGAAACGGUUAUCCUGAUGCCCCCAAGCCAACGUUUCACCGCAGGCCAGCUCCAACUCAUACACCAGUGGUUGGGCCAGAAGCUUCUGUUGUCAUUGUCUCAGGGGCGGUGGUAAAGGCGAUCGACGGAAUGCUGACGACAAUUCUCUUGAUGGUUGGUCUUGCUUUUUUCCUGUAG